AUGGAAUCUACAAUCACUAACGUGACGCUCGUGCUUGGCACUUUGGGGGUGCUUUUGCAGAUUGAAAUCCUCCUUCUGGCUUUCUGGGUUUUGAGAGUGCAGGGACUUGCGAGCAGUGCCCCCGAGACCACAAAGAUUAGGGAGAGUCGUGUUAGGGACAAACAACAAACAACAAUCAUCCUACCUCAACCUCUCCACUGCCAAAACAAUCCAAAGCGCAAAAUUCACAUUGCUAUAAUUCGAAUAAAUAGCAAAUCGUUUUUCAUGCAUAACAAAAGGGCAAAGGAUCUUGCGAACUGGGCAAAGCUGCUGAAAAUCGCAGAAGAGGACUUGGAGAGUAAUGCAAGGACAGAAAUGCGCUUGCCAAUAAGAGAGCCUUAUGGCAUUCUUCAUGUCUCAAUUGAGAUUUGGCAAAGAGAUGGUUAUCUGGGUUUUUUUUCCGAAAGUACUCGCCAUAGCAUAAGCUUCAGCUUCGAAGCCCUGGUUCCCAAUUUUCCUUCAAUGUCAUUUUAUAGGCAAUCACUGGCUUCCAGCGUCGCAGGCAUAAAAGGCCGGCAUCUAGGACAAACAGGAGAUGGGAUAUGA